AUCUGUGAUAUUGUUUAUGUUUUCAAGAUUUAAAUUUUUUUAGGUUAUUUAUAAAAUAUUUCUCAUUUUUUAUUGUGUUCAUUAAAUAUAACAUUAUAGAUGCUAAGAAAACAGUGAAUAACGAAAAAUACAAGUUAUACUUAAAUGUCUUCCUCUUCUGAUAGUGAUUCGGACAUUGAGCCAUCACACACUGCGAGGCUCGGCCGACUGGGUGAUUGCGAAGUGUGUGGCGGUAAGGACGCUAUAUACACAUGUCCCAAAUGCGAAGUGAAAACGUGCUGCCUCGAGUGUGUGAGGAUACACAAGAAGGAGCUCACGUGCGACGGCACGAGGGACCGCACCAAGUUCAUUUACAUGAAAGACUUCACUGACACUGACUUGCUGAGUGACUACAGGCUGUUAGAAGAAUGUGCCCGUUUUGUUUAUGCAGUGAAAAGGGAUGAGAAGAAACGAUUCACUAGGAUUGAUAAAGGCUUACCUCUUCAUCUACACAAACUGAGGUUGGCAGCUAGGCAAAGAGGAACAGUCCUGCAAUUCAUCGCACAAAACUUCACUAGACACAAAAUCAACACAACAAAGUAUAUGUACAAAACAAAUCUGAUACAGUGGAGAGUAGAGUGGAUCUUUCCUACGGUUGAGAACAAACCAUUGAAGUUUGUAGAUGAGACGUGUUCAGAGAAAAAGAAGUUAUCAGAACUGCUUGAUAAAUUUUUAAAUCCCAAUGCACCAGCUUUUGAAGGAUCAAAAGAAUUAUUGUAUUAUAAAUCAGCUGGAUUCAGUGGUGUCAAGGUUCUGUUGAAAGCCGAAAAACUUAAAGGUUCAGCUAAAAAAUUCUUUGAAUUGGAUUUAUCAGAAUCAUUGGCAGAAAACUUGUCAGGAAAAUGUGUUGUGGAGUUCCCAAUCAUAUUUGUUGUGCUCAAGGAUCAUGCUUACAACUUUGAAAUUAUCACUCCAGAGGAUGAAUUUGACUGUGAAACAAAUAAUGCAAAGGAUGAAACAGUAGACAAUAUUGACAAUAAGAAAAUAAACUUGAAGAGAUGCACAUCAAAUGACACUACUGAAAAGAGAUAUGAAAGUACCUCAAAUGGUGAUUUAUCUGUGAAAAAAGAUGAUGUGUUUAAGUCACAUGACACAACAAAUAAAGGAGGAUAUCAAAGAAAAAGACCAAAAAUCUUACUAACAGAAAAGAUUGCGGAGGAAAAGAAAAUGGAGAUACAAAAAGAAAUAAAAGAAGCAAAGAAAAAGAAACCCAAAAAUCUUUUAUUCACAACUGGUUAUUCAUCUGAGGAAAAUAUUAGUGGCAGUGAUGAUGAAAAUGAGAAAAAAUCUUGAUAAUAGACAAUUUUCACCUGCUGCUCAGUAAAGCAAAGUUGUAAAAAUGAGGUUCUAAGAGUUAAUUUGUCUAUUGGAUAAUUAUAUUUUUAAAUUCCAAUUUAAAGCUAUAUUUUUUAAAAUAGUUUUUUAGUGCAGUGUAAACUCUAUAAAGAAACAGUACAUUUUAUAAUGUAGAGUGGUCAUUAUAUGGAAAGAAAAAAAUAUUAAGUAACAUUAACAUUACAGUGUUUACAUUGUAUAUUAAGAUCUGCAGAGUUUACGCCGUAUAUUAAGAUCUGAAUUGUAUAGUUACUAGAAACCAAACCUACAAGACAUUUAUAAUACAACAUUUUUUAAGAACUUGCAAAAUAUCCAUGCAAACCAUAAAGUUAUCAAACAAAUAACAUCCCUGAUAUCCCUGAGCAUACCAGAUACAUUAUGUUAAAAGAUUAAUAAAAAAAAGUCAAAUAUAAA